AUGGCGCCCCAUGCCGAACAGGAUGAGUCCAUUCCUAUCAUCACUCGCCUUCCACCACCAGAACGUCCAGCCUUUUCCGCCUCGCCUCCACGUCUACUCAUCAUUGGCGCUGGUAAUCGUGGCAAAGCCUACGCGGAGGCUAUUAAAAAUUCAAGUAACGGCGUGAUUGUUGGUGUCGUAGAGCCCAUCGCACUAAAGAGACGGCAUCUCGGUCGCAAAUACAUCUGGGGCACCCGAGAGCCGACUCCGGGCGAGGAGUUCAGCGACUGGCCAGAGUUUGUUCAAUGGGAGCUUAGCCGACGACAAAGAGUUACCUCCGGGGCUACAGAUAUUCCUGAGGGCGUUGAUGCUGUCUUUGUUUGCGUCCAAGAUGGCAUGCACAAGGAUGUUGUUCUUGGUCUUGCACCGCUGAAACUACACAUCAUGUGUGAGAAGCCUCUAGCGCCUAAUCUGGAGGAUUGCAUGGCUAUCUACAAUAGCCUGUCGCCCGAUUCAUCAGGAUGCUCAGAAAAGCUAUUCGCUAUCGGCCAUGUCCUUCGUUACAGUCCUCACAACAUCAUGAUGAGGAAACUUUUACUCGAGGACAAGGUCAUCGGAGACAUAAUGUCUGUUAACCACACGGAGCCAGUGGGUUGGUAUCACUUUACACACAGCUAUGUCAGAGGAAAUUGGCGCAAUGAAAAGGCGGCAGCUCCGUCACUCCUUGCUAAAUCAUGCCACGACAUGGAUAUCCUCUACUGGAUUUUGGCGGCCUCACCUCCCGGUUCCAACAAGCCAACCCAUGUCCCCAAAGAUAUAAGCUCUUCCGGAUCCCUCCAAUAUUUCAGAAAAGAGAGAAAGCCUGUCGAAGCAGGAAACGCCACCAAUUGCUUGUCAUGUGCCUAUGAGCCAUCGUGCCAGUUUUCAGCGAAGCGGAUCUACACAGGAGCUGACCUCAAGAGUCAGCAACAAGAGCACUUUUGUACAGUCGUCGCACCGGAAAUUGAAGACUGUAUUCCAAAUGCUGGGACAGAAGUAGCUAAAAAGGCUAUUCUCUCCAAACUUGCUGAAGAUUACUCAGUAGAUACCCCAGCAGAUGAGGUUAGCAAGAGAAAUACCUUUGGACGCUGUGUAUACGAAUGUGACAACGACGUCUGCGAUAACCAAGUCGUAACACUUUCCUGGGACGCCGACCCCAUCGCAGCUCCUGGCGAAACACCGCUGCAAGCUCUCAGUGGCAGAGGUAGCAAGACAGCUACAUUGCACAUGGUUGCUUUUACAGAAAAGAUCUGUACCCGGUUCACGCACAUAUACGGUGUUCACGGAGAGAUGUAUGCCGACAGUUCCUCGAUCACAAUCACGGAUUUCAGAACAUGUAAGAAGACGGUGCACUAUCCGCACAUCCCCGAAGGCGGUGGUCACGGUGAUGGAGAUGAAGGAUUGACGAGGCAGUUUGUGCUGGCGGUUGAUCGUGUAAAGAACCAUGGUGAGAAGGUGUCGACUGCUCAGCAAGAGUAUAUCAAGUGCAAUUUGAGAGAUGUUAUUAUGAGUCAUACCAUGGUGUUCGCUGCUGAGGAGGCAAGGAAGGGAAGGAAAGUUGUAGAUUUCCAAGAGUGGUUUGAGAAGGAGGUCAUGAUAAAGUUAGGGGCAUAA